GCGCUCUACAGAGCGCAAGGCUGUCUAUUUCGGCUCUUCAGAAGGCGUCUGCAAUGAGGAAGGACCUGUAGUGGAGGCAGUUGGCACCCAGGCGCUGUCAUGGGAGGCCGCCCUUAGAAGAUAUUGGCCUAGAGCCUUUGAUGCAAGGGUCGGCAUCAGGGUCACAGCAUGCUGCAGCGGCUGGCGGCAUCAGUGCGGCGGCGUACCCUCCGGCGCAGGCCAGCCACGAUGCGGUGGUGGCGGACCGGCAGCUGUUCAUGCGCACGCUGCGCGCUCUGCACGAGGCGUUGGGCACGCAGUUCCGCAUCCCCAUGGUCUCCGGCCGCGAGCUCGACCUGCACCUCCUCUACAAGCAGGUGACGGCGCUGGGAGGCUUGGAGGCGGUAAUAACGGCGAAGAAGUGGACGGAGGUGUCUCAGCCGUUCCAGUUCCCGCCCUCCUUCACCUCCAAGUCCUUCACGCUGCGCAAGAUGUAUUCGCGCCUCCUGCACGACUAUGAGCAGGUCUACUACCACCACAACUCCGGGGCCCCAACCCUGCCUCCAGGCGCUGACGGCACAAAGUUGGAGGGUGGUGCGGCGAUGACGUCAUCCAAUCCGGUCUACAAGCGCCGCCGGCUCGACCUGGCAGCUGCGCAGCAGCUGCCGGCAGCCGCCGCCGCGCCGCGGACGCCGCCGGCUCUGACAGCUUUUCACGUCGGCGCAGCGGCCACGGCGGCUGGCGGGCAGGCGCAGCCGCCCGGGAGCCUGAUGGACCUGCCCAUCACGGGCAGCGUGGAGGGCCAGUUUGAUGCCGGCUACUUUGUGAGCGUCGUUGCCGGCGGGCAGGAGUUCCGAGGCAAGCCCUAUGCGGCUGCGCUGCCGACGUCGCCCCGGGAGCCGGUGCAUGCGGCGCUGCAGGCGGCCAGCGCGCAGCCGCGGCGUAGCCGGGCCGGGCGGCGCGACCCGCUGGAGCCGAAGCAGAACAAAACGCCAUUCAACUUCUUCAGCAUUGAUGCGCGCUCCCGGGCCAAGGCAGAGCACCCGUCUGCCGACCAGAAGGCAAGCACAAGGAACUCGCUCGGGAUUGAGAGGGGCACUCCAGAGGCUGAGGGGCCCUCAACGCUCAGCCCAAGGCGAUGGAGCCUGCCCACGCCAGCGCAGCAGCCUGCGCCCCUCAGAUUACCUCCGCGCCCCAUCGCCACCGGGGGCCCGUCACUGGGCGACGUGAUGUACGGAGUUCCCAUGGAUGCGGCCGUCAGCCCUAGAGAGCAUGAGGCGGCGCAGCAGAUGCAGCGGCUGCACCGCGGCGCCGGCAGCGGCGACCGGGACGUGUCAGCCACCCCUGAGCCCAGCAACCGCGCACCGUUCCCUCCCUCGGCCGGCCCCGGCCCCGGCCCCGGCCCCGGCCCCGGCCCCGGCCCCGGCGCCGCAGCCGCUGCCGGGCCGGCCGCCGGCUUCGCGGCGGCUGCCGAGCAGCUGGACACGGAUGCAGAGAGGGAGGAAUAUGAAGAUGAAGGUGUGGAAGGGGAAGGACUGCAAUGA